AUGUGUGCGGCCUGUGCCUUGAGCCUGGGCAAGCCUGUGCUAUGCGUAGGCAGCCUCUCCAUUGAUCUGCUGCAGUUCUGCCGCCAGGUGCCGCAGCCAAAUGCCACGGAGCAUUGCAAGAAGGCGCGCUGGCAACGAGGCGGACACGCCGCCAAUGUGUGCCGAGUGCUGCAUCUGCUGGGCGUGCAGACGGAGCUGCUGGCCAUGCUGAGUCGCAGCAGCGCGCUGCAGUCGAUGCUGCGCGAGCUGCACCGCAGCAACAUUGAGACCAGCCACUGUCCGCGAACGGAGCUGGAGCCGGCUUACAAAACUGUAAGCAUUGGGCCACGCGCAGGACAACGCAGCGUGGUCGAGUGCGAUAGAAACUUUCCGUAUGUGCAGGCGGAGCAUUUUCAGCAGCUGGAUCUGAGUCAGUACGGCUGGGUGCACUUUGAGGCGCGCAGCUUGCGGGAAACGCUUAAGAUGAUGCGCAGCAUUUGGGAGUACAACAAUGGACGUGAGGAGCGCAUACGCAUAUCCUUGCGUGUGGCUGCAGACUUUGCCGAGCACAAGGAUCUGUUCAGCAUGUGCGACUAUGUGAUAGUGUCGCAUGAGAUGGGCGUGGCGCAGGGCUGGCACUCGCUGGAUCAUGCCUGCCAGGAGCUGCGCAGGACUAUAGCCUUGCCCUAUAGUCUGCAUGUGCGACGCCCUUGCUUCAUCAUCAGCUGGGGCGCAGUUGGCGCCGGCUGCAUCGACCGUGCUGGCAACUAUGCGCUGCUGCCUGCGGAGCGCGUCAACUUCGUUGUGGACAGCUACGGCGUGGGCCACUGCUUUACGGCUGCCCUGAUCUACGCCAAGUACAUGCGCCAAAUGGAGCUAAAGUCGGCGCUGGAGUUUGCCAUACGCAUAGGCGCGGCCAAGCUGAUGGCCAUUGGCUAUAAGCACUUGGCCAAGCUGUAUACAUAUCCGCCAGAUCCACGCAGCGAUGCAGACACCGAGCUGAUUGAGCCGUCGGAUGAGGAGGAUGCGGAACUGCGCAUCUGCAGCGCCAUAUUCAAUCGCCCCAUAGACUACACACGCCACGACCGAAAGUCGCGUCCAAUGGCAAACAUUGCUGGUGCUACUGGCGAGAAACGCUUCUCCCGAACCGUUGAGAUUUUCAGCCGACAAGUUCGCAGCAUUAUAAAGUCGUAUCGUGAGAAGUCGCGUCAGCUUUCGACCAAGUUUAUAGCUGUGGUCGACCUGGCAGCGCAUGCAAAUAAAAAACGCACUUAA